UGAUUCGAUUAACUCUAGAAAUUAAUUUGCUGUUGGUUUGAUUUGUGAUUAUUUCUCAUUUUCUAGCCUUAAUCGCAGUCUGUUCAAUGUUUGCCGAUUACAACUGUUUCUGUGCAUCUGUUGAUUUUUAAACUACUGUUUUCAUGCAUCAAAAAGCAAAAAAUGGGAGCCAAAGUGCAAUCCAAGACACAUUUUCCCGGUUCAAUGAUGGAUCUAAACAACGGUUUUUGCAAUGGUGUCUGGGACCUAUAUCACGAUGACAAAAGUCGCAUGAUUUCUGGCCCCGGAAACAGUCAGCAUUUCGAUUAUUUUCUAACUAGGCAAGCCACGGAUGGAUAUGCUAAAGAACAAAUUAGGCAAACUAUCUUGAAGCAUGAAUCGAUCUUCAGGCAUCAGCUCCAAGAACUACACCGGCUGUACAAAAGGCAGAGGGAUUUGAUGAAUCCGGUGCUGCCAGAAACAUCAAAUUUGGGUCGUUUUCCAAGUCAAGCAUCGUCUAGUUUUUCUCUGGUGGGCUCGGCUUUUAGUAGAGCAUCUACCUCAAAAUGCGACGUUUCUGAAAGAAAAGUGAUCGAUUUAGAAUUGCCUGCUGAUGUAGAAGAGAAAGUAGGAAAUUUUCACAGUUUGAGCACGGAGAAAGUGUUUAAUUUGGCAGAUUUGAAUGAACCGAUCCAGAUAGAGGAGACGGAUUUUUCAGCAUCUGUUAGGAAUAAGAACAGUAUAGACUGUUUUGCAGAUGAACCACAAAAGCGGGAUUCGGCUGCAAAAAGAACGAUAUUUGGCGUUGAAAUCUGCGGAAGAAACCACACCCCGUCUUUUGAUUUUCUGCGGGCACCCACUUUUCGCUCUUCCAAUCCUCAAUCGAGCUCGAUCAACCCUGAGCCAUCCUUAGUUUUACCAUGGAGAAACACUACUUCUUUGGGUCAGAAUGGUACAAUUCUUCAUCAUAACCAUUGGCUCGGCUCCGGCUCCUCUGAUUCAAUGAGGCAAAACCCGAGUUCUUUUGCAGGCAAUUUGUCAUCAAGAUUGAUGACAAAUUCAAGACCUGUAGGUUUUCUAAAUGGUAUCAAAUCCAAAGAUCCGGUAUCUGAUAACCUUGAAGAAAUUUGUGUUAGCGAAAAACGUAAGUUUAUGGACAUGUGGAAGAACCGUGAAACCCCUGCACAACGGCUGUCUUCUUGGCUCGUGGCAAAACCAUGUUUGCAGAGUGAAGAGAUGAACGGAAAAGAAACGAGCGUUUAUCCUAUUAACCUGGACUCGUUGCAGAACCAUUCUCAGCAGUUUUUCAAGAAAGCCGAAAUGGCAGAGGGUAACGAUCCACGGGAGUUCAAGAAGGUAAAAACCGACGAUUCCCAGAGCUUUUCCAAGAUUCUUGGAGUCCCCAUUAUCGAUUUACAGAACUCAGAAGAUUUGGUCACGAAAGAGACUGAUUACGACCCCAAAGUUGAAGAUAAUGGCGGGAAAAACUGCAUUUCGGAUAUUGAUUUAAACUUGUCUCUUGAUGAAGAAGAUGCUCCUUUCCUGGGAUCCGUUGUCAAGAUUGCUACAAUGGAGAUAGAUUUGGAGGCUCCAGCAGUUCUUGAAUCCGAAACCAAUUCUCCAGAAAUGGAUUCCGAAAAUGGUUCCAUGGAUGAUCAUUUCGAGCUCGAUAAGGCUGCAGCUGAAGCUAUCGUAUCCAUUUCAUCAUCUAAGGUUCGAGAUUCUUGCCACCCACCUCAAGAACCAUCCGCCGCCACUUUGAUGUGGUUCGCGGUGGUGAUCACGUCUGACGGGUUCAAGAAAAGUUCAAUCAAAAUGGAUCAAGAAUCCAUUCCUGAAGGCAUGGAUGACUUUGAGUUCAUGACAUUAAAACUUCGAGAUUCUGAUGAAAGUUACGAGAAUUAUAAACCAACGAUCGUCGAGGAGGAGAAAGAAAAAGAAGAAGAAACGGGUUCGUUUUCAAAACGGACACCGAGAAAGGGGCAAGGAAGGAGGGGAAGGCAAAGGAAAGAUUUUCAGAAAGAUAUACUGCCAAAUAUCAUUACGUUAUCUCGGCGGGAAGUGACGGAAGAUCUUCAAACGUUCGAAGAAGCGUUUUCCAGUAUCGGUGUUUCUUGGCAGUCUAGUUUAUCGAAAAGGAAAGCUGCUGCUAGAAACGGUAGGAGCAGGCGGCAGUUAAUGGCGGUAGACACCUCUUCUAAGCUACCGCCGCCGCCACCGGGGGCGGUGGUUGUUGAGCAGACGGUUUGUAGGGAGGUUGCGUUGGAGAAAAGUCUCGGCGGGUGGGGGCGGAGGACGCGUCGGCUACCGCGGCAAAGAUGUGGAAAUGCUGGUAAUCAUCAUUCUUUUGCUUUGAAGUGUUGA